UAGUCGGACAUAGUUCAGUGACGUGCGCCUCGAUAUCAGAAGACGGAAGUAGUGUACGGUAAACUCACGUGUACGACAUGAAAAAUAACAAAAAGCACAACAAUGUGGCCAAAAAGGGUAAAUUUAAGCCCGGGUCCAAGAAAAGAGAAAACAAAUGCAUUGUGACGUUUGACGACAAAGACAGACAGGACUAUUUAACGGGUUUCCAUAAACGAAAGGUGGAAAGGAGGAAAGUAGCAGUGGCAGAAAUUCGAAAGAAAAUCAAGGAAGAGCAGAUUAGAGUCCGAGAAGAAAGGCAUAAGGAAUACGUGAGGUUGCUGAAGGAGAGGACAGAUGCUCUUGAGGAGGCUGAAGAUGAUCUGGAAGAUGUGAUAACCGGUACAACGGAGUCUGUGCAGUAUGAUCACCCCAACCACACCGUCACCGUGACAACCAUUAGUGAACUUGAUCUUACAGGGGCUCACCUGCUUGGACCCGUAGCAAAUCCAACGGUUGAUGGGGAGUGCAAGGAUGAAGAAAAGGGGAAAGAAGAAGAAGAGGUGGUGGAAACAAAAACGAUGCCUAGAAAAGCUGGGAAUCCAAUCAUGAACAAAAAGAUCCGCUCCCUAAACAAGUCGCUCAGCACUGUCACCUGCAAGAAGAGGAAAGGCAAGCAGGAAGGCAAAGGUGGACGAGGCCGUCAGACAGACAAGACUAAGAGCGUCUCAGAGGGUAAAAGUAGAGCCGGGAGGACCACCAAGUGGCAGAGACGUCGACAGACGGGGAAAAAGGUGCAUCAUCGGGUGUGAAAGACUGUGUGGGGAAAAUCUAAUGGAACUGUGAAACAGAACGCCACAUGCCAACAGAUUGGAGUAUUUACGCUCCUGUGUUUGAGCUGGACCUGUAUAUGCUUAGAAGAGUGUAAAAAUGAACACAAGCUGAUGUGGACGCUCUGUCUGCACCGUGUUGGACCGACUUAAAUGACUGCUCUCAAUAUUUCCAGUGUACCUGCCUCUUGAAAACUUGUGCUCAAACUGUUUUUGUAGUGUUUAUUUCUUUAUCGUAUACAAACUGAACUGUAUUUACCUACAUUUUCAUUAAAUAAACGAUCAUACUUGCUAAGAAGUGACCUUGUCUG